CUCCCUGCUUGAGCAGUAAUGGCACGAUCAUCAGCAUAGAUGGGCAUAAUAGUGCAAGAGAGGGAUGCCAGCAGCCCUCAGAGGAGAUCCUCAGAAAUAGGAGGAUGCAAAUAUAAUCAAGGCAUCACCUCCUGAUCCCAAUCAAAAACUAUUUUGACAAAAGCAAAAUAAUGUUCACAAAUAGGUAACAUAUACAUUAUUUACAUAAUGUAUUUUCUAUGCAAUUUGAAUAUUUUGCUUUGAAGGACAGUUUUUUUAAAACACAGCCGCUUUUUAUCAAUAAAGGUUCUUGUUGUUUCCAGGCAUUAUGCAAAAGCUGAAGAGGAGAGCCUGCCUGCCGUCUUGAAAAGCGGCAUGGAACUUUUCCGCUCCGAGGCCUUGUUCCUGCUCCUCUCCAACUUCACAGGCCUGAAGCUGCAUUUCCUGGCUCCAGAAGACGAAGCAGAAGGAGAGGAAGAAGGAAGAGCCACAGUGGGGAGCUCUUCCAAAAGCACAGAAGGACAGUGCAGUCGAGGAAAAAGUGAUAGUAGUGACAACACAGAAGACUCCAAAGAGAUCCCUGAAAAUGGGAAUGGUGGGCAAGAGACUGGCUCCAGCGUCCCCUUGUGUGCGGGAGAGCUGAGGCGCUGGACACAGGGCUGCUAUAGUCUUGCCCACGACACGGAAGCAACCGAGUUCGCCCUAGAUUUGCUGUUCUUCUGUGGCUGUCAAGGUCAGUUUGAUAGACCGUUUUUAAACCAGUAUAUUUUAAUAUUGAGACAAAUGUUUUUAAUGUUUAUGUAUGCAUCUAAUGAUAUCAUGUCCCGGGAAAACCA